GCGCUCUUUCAUAGGCAGACGACACUUUGUGAUUGCAAGAGAGGCCGUCAGAGAGCGCGAGAGCGUGCAGCGCGUGGUCGUCUGCUCUUCGGGAUUGUAGAACCAUUUCCAACACCAAACGGUAUACUCGUCUGUCAUGUCGUCUGCCCAUGUUCUUUUGUUGGUCUUUCUAGCGGUUUUACAAGUUAUAGCCCAGCCUGAAAAUGGUGACAAAUCCAAGCAAGAUGCAGCUUCAGUACAGAGAACGGAACAUUCCACUGGGACGACGUCAUACGACAAAGUAUCAGAUGAAACAAGACUCCGAGAGGUCAUCGACAAAUUUGUAAAAGGAUGGGACUUCCACCAAAAUACUGGCGCAACAAAAACCAGGCCCACGCGUUCCAAAAGAUGGGCAGAGUCGGAGAAGAGGCCCAGUUAUUACUACAGCUCCUACAUGCCUACCAGAUACGACAACCAGAGAUGGCGGUAUCCUAGCAACCUGAUGGCAAUACUACGUGGUGCCAAGCGAAGCUGGGUGGAGGAGCCCAGGCCGAGUAACGAUCGUUGGGCGUAUCCUAGCAACCUGAUGGCGUUGCUGAGGGGGAAGAAAAGCGCCAUGUACGAACCAGAGGACACGGAUGAUGUUGAAGGAGAGGCUGUGCAGAACGUGAUGGACCGCCUUGCGGAUGGAUGGCAGUACUUUGUUGAGCACUACGUCCCGGAGGAGAGUUCCAAAAGAUCUUCUGGAUGGGACAAUGAUCAGAGAACCGGGAACUCAAGAAAUUUUAGGCCAUAUGGUGCACGUCAGUUCUUGGUGCUGAACGGAGGAAGGUAUAUCAUUGGUUGAAGGUCAAGUGACUAUCAUACAUUGAAGUACAAUCUGCUGAAACAUACCCAGAUCAUACAAAUGCAGGUCAAACGAAAAACAUAAACGUUGUGUAAGCUUGCACAAUAGUGUGAUUACAAUGCACAUUAUCACAGCACUGGGGACAUUGUAUCGACUGUCAACAUGUAUCUGAGUGAACUCUCAACGUUUUUUAAUAUAUUUUGCGAAGGAAAUAUUCCAGAUUCUUUCUCAUGAGCAACUAUGGUACAUCGGUGUCUUCUGCUUCAUCUCUUGGAUGACGUCAUCUUGUUCUUGCUAUUUCAACUACUGGUGCUAUGACGAGGCUCAUUUUUGUGACUGUGGGUUUCUUUAUUUUCUCUUGGAUUUGGCUUAAGUAGCUCUCACCUGUUAAUACAUCGUCGAUGUUGCUAUCCAUAUCAUUAUUAAAGUGUUACUUUCA